AACCAGCAGCGAGGGUGUUGUCUAGUUCGUUCCAGAGAAGUAUGCGUUUGGGCGUUGCCUCAACAACGUGAGCGAAGUGCGAGGCACACAUCCUAGGGAGUAGGGGUGACUCGGAGUAAUCUCUCCAGUGUCCAGUACACACGCGUUCCAAGGAGUGGAGGGAGAGUGCGAGCAGAGAUAGCCCUGACAACUGACAACGCUCCGGUCUUUCUUUUAGUCGACAACAGCAGCAAACAGCAUCAUGACAACCAAAACUCGGGAUCGGGGGCAAGGGGAAGAGAUGGAGAGCUUGACGUUCCCGGGCGAUGCCACGUCUCCGACGCCUUCUUUCGGGUUGUGGGACGAGAUGGAGGACAACGGCAAGUUCAGCAGCUUGAAGAGGAAGCACGACGACACGCUUAGCGACGAGCUUCUCACCAUGCUCAAGGACGCGGGCUUGGAGAAUAUGGCGUUGGAAGUAGGCACCGUGCAGGGGGGACAGAUCGCUGCGCUGCAGGAUGGAAGGGAAGGAGGACUAGGAUCUGCAGCCAAAAUGUUGCGGCCCUUCGCUGCAGCAGGCGACGCCACCUCCCCGGUAGCCGUGACAGCGUCGGCCAUCUUCUCGCCGAACCCGAGGGAAACAGCGCCCCCGCUCGACUCCCCCCUCCUCCUCAAGCGAUCCCUGGGCUCCCCUGCCCCGCCAAUGUCCAUGACAGCUUCCGCGAUCUUCUCGCCAAACCCUGGGCGGCACCGGGGUGGCGUUUACGGGGGGGCGCUGUCGCACCUCACGGAAUCUCCCGCGGCGAUCAAGGGCACUGACCUGAGGCAGGCCGCCUCUGCGGAGUCCGACUCGCCUCCAAAGUCUAAACCUAAGAGAUCGCGGCGAACACUCCCCCCAGCGACGGCUGCACCACCAACGAGAGAUAUUCCGCCGCCGGAACCGGUCCCACCGCCUCCGGCGGGCCGUACUCGGCGGGCAUGCACCAACUACGGCGCGGAUGCGCCGUUUGACACGGCGCUGCAAACGAAGAGGGCGAAGAAGCCGGAGGCCAAGUCCAACAAGGGCCUCCGACAUUUUAGCGUCAAGGUUUGUCGGAAGGUGGAGGAGAAGGGAACCACGACGUACAACGAGGUGGCCGACGAGCUGGUGCAGGAACUCGCGGCGGAGGGAAAGCUCGGAACGGGCAAGGAACCACACUACGACGACAAGAACAUUCGGCGAAGAGUGUACGACGCCCUGAAUGUGCUCAUGGCCAUCGACAUCAUCUCUAAAGAUCGCAAGGAGAUCAAGUGGAAGGGAUUGCCGGAAAAUUCCUCUCGAUCAGGACUGAGGGCUCUCCAGCAAGAGAAGCAGGAUCGCGAGCGCUCGCUGGACGCAAAGAAGAGUCAGCUGGCGGAUCUUUUGGUGCAGCAGAUCUCCUUCCGAAACCUGGCCCGCAGGAAUCGUUCUCGCGCCGCCGCAAGGGCGGCCGCUGCUGCGGCCGCGGCCGCUGCUGGGAACGGGGCGGAGUGCGCGGAAGAGCAAGAUACCGAAGAGGUUGCGGCGUCAAAGAUCUUCGUUCCCUUUAUCGUGGUGAGCUCCAGCCAUGACACCGUCAUCCAGUGCGAGAUGGCCGAGAACCGUGAAGACGUGUUCUUCAACUUCAGCCACGAGUUCCAGAUUGCGGACGACAACGAGAUACUCAAGCGCCUGGGCAUGCACAAGUGUCGGAAGCAGGACCUUCCGGUGCUGCUGGCUCGGGAGCUUAUACCGCGGGUACCACCCGAGGUGUACAGCCGUGAUGAUGCCGAAGGCUCUCCUUCGUCCUCUUCUACCCCCUCGUCUCCAACCUCCUCCUGCUCCGAUUACUCCCCGACGUAGUCGUGGUCACGUCUAGUUCAGCUGCCCGCGGUAUUCAUCUACACUACGUUUGCCUUAUCUUGCAACGGGCCAGAGUUUUUCAAUACAACUUUGUAGCCAUGUGCAACGUGUGCGUGAGGGUUGAAGGGCUGGGGCGGGGGAAAAGGGUGUGCGUUCGCAGCGUGUGAUGUUUGUGUCCACGUUGUCGUCGACACUUGUGUAGCGCUUUGCCUUCGAUGGUGAGUGUCGUUUGCCAGUGUGUGAUGUUAUCGGGGACGCUUACGCGGAGCUCAAUUUUCUACCGUCCAUCUUGCUUUCUCGUCCCUCGAGUUCGACAUCGUUUCGUUGACGGCUCGUGUAGUAUCUAAUCGGAUCGAGCAAAGUAAAGGGGACGGAUGUCCAGGUCUGGAUUUCGACCUUCUGGUUUUUUGCGGGCGCGCGCCUUUGAGCUAGUUUAUUAGUAUGUCAUGGUCGUGUUUUACACCGUUGUGGUCAAUGUUUUCUAUAUGUAAGAGUUAGAACUGUGUUGUUCCGAGUGUUAGGCUCACGGAAAUCGGCCACCGCGCCCGGGUUUGUUUUAUCUAGAGCGUUGGGCAACGCGUGGCAGGGGUAAGACUCAGCCCACCAUCCAUGUAGGAGACAGCGUUCAUAUGAAUGUCAAAUUACACCACCAACGAACGUCUUGCGUUGAUGGAGAAGUUUCUGCUGCGGCGAUAUGUGUGUGUCCUGUGUUUUUGUCCCAUCUAGUCUGGGCGCCAGUCUACACCUGUUGGGUAUAAGUUUGGCAUACCAGCCUAGGGGCAGGUCGCCUAAACGAGCGCCAAGAGGCCUCUGCUGUUGUAGGGGGUCCUCUGUAUAUCGACCCCACCAACGGAAAAUUCGAUAUUUCUCGGUAGUAUACAUGUAGAUCGCGAUCGGUGCUGGUUUGGUUGGAAUAGUCGUGUAAAUAUUUGUUUUUGCAAGCGUGCAGACACUGUAGGUUGCCCACAGAGGAACAGCACCAGAUGGAUGCGUACACCUUGUGUUUCUUGGUGAGUGAGUGGAAUAAAGGUAUUUCA